UGUAAUUUAAGUCAUUUGUCAAUUGAUGUGGAUAAUAUAUAGGCGCGCUUCUACUGCUGUAAUCACGGAGACAGACCCAGAACAAUCUACUGACUCAAACACCGAAUAUGGCUGACUUGUUGGAAUGGCCAAAGAAAGAUAACCGUCGCAUGCUCCAUGUUGUCUACCGUGUUGGUGACCUUGAUCGUACCAUCAAGUUUUAUACAGAAUGCUUUGGAAUGAAGCUUUUAAGGCAUAGAGAUAUCCCGGAUGAAAAAUAUGCCAAUGCUUUUCUUGGAUUUGGCCCUGAAGAAUCCCAUUUUGUUGUUGAAUUAACAUAUAAUUAUGGGGUGACCUCGUAUGAGAUAGGGGAUGGCUUUGGACAUUUUGCAAUUGCAACUCAGGAUAUUUACAAAUCGGUUGAGCUCGUCCGAGCCAAGGGAGGAAACAUCACUAGGGAGCCUGGACCAGUUCAGGGUGGGACUACUGUUAUUGCCUUUGUGAAGGAUCCAGAUGGUUACACUUUUGGAUUUAUCCAAAGACCUACUGUCCAUGACCCAUUUUGUCAAGUAAUGCUUCGUGUUGGAGAUUUAGAACGCUCAAUUAAGUUUUAUGAAAAGGCUCUGGGCAUGAAGGUUUUAAGGAAGGUUGAUAAGCCUGAGUCCAAGUACACUGCAGUUAUGCUUGGGUAUGGAGAGGAGCAUGAGACAACUGUGUUAGAGUUGACAAAUAACUAUGGUGUCACUGAAUACUCUAAGGGCAAUGCCUAUGCACAGAUUGCUAUUGGUACUGAUGAUGUAUACAAGAGUGCUGAGGUAGUUAGCCAAGUUAUACAAGAGGUAGGAGGGAAGAUUACAAGGCAACCAGGGCCAAUUCCUGGCCUGAAUACGAAAAUCACUGCGUUUUUAGAUCCAGACGGAUGGAAAACUGUGUUGGUUGACAAUGUUGAUUUCUUGGAGGAACUGAAAUGAAGAGCGAGCUUAAUAGGAAAUAAGUAGUCCUGGUUAUUUCAUAUGAAUAAAUUGUCUGGCAUUUUCCCAUCGACUGUGUUGUAGCAGUAAACCAGUCGUAAACAUGUUUGCUUUUUUCUGGGGUUCUUUUAGUAACCUGAAAGCAUAAUUGAAACUUCAUUAUGUAUGCAACCUAUGAUUAGUAUGCUAAUUUAUCAUAUACGACUCCUGUUGAUCAGUGUUUUAAAAA